CCCCUCUCUCCUCUCUCACCAUGAAAACCCCUCAGAAGCAAUGGCUUGAAGUGAUGAGUGCCUGCCACUAUGUGCUCCUUUUGCUGAUCAUGGGCCCCUUCUUCACCCUGCUGGUCUUCUUCCUCCUUUUCACCCGGCUCUGGUCCUUGUCUCUUCUCUACCUGGUAUGGCUCUACCUGGACUGGGACACGCCCAACCAAGGUGGAAGGCGCAGCAGGUGGACGAGAAAGUGGACAAUAUGGAAACACCAAAGAGAUUAUUUCCCGAUCAAGCUACUGAAAACUGCAGAGCUGCCUGCCGACCGGAACUACGUGCUGGGUGCACACCCCCAUGGGGUCAUGUGCAUUGGAGCCUUUUGUAAUUUCUCCACGGACAGCAGUGACUUCUGCCAGCUCUUUCCCGGGCUGCGGCCUUGGGUCGCCACGCUGGUGGGACUCUUCUAUCUUCCUAUCUAUCGAGACUACCUCAUGUUCAUCGGGCUGUGUCCUGUGAGUCGACAGAGUCUGGACUUCAUUUUGUCACAGCCCCAGCUUGGCCAGGCAGUGACCAUCCUGAUUGGGGGUGCCCAGGAAGCCCUGUACGCGGUUCCGGGGGAGCACUGCAUCACGCUAAGGACACGUAAAGGUUUCGUACGUCUGGCGCUAAGGCAUGGGGCCUCCCUUGUGCCUGUGUAUUCCUUUGGGGAGAAUGAUAUCUACAGAUUCAAGUCUUUUGCCCCAAACUCCUGGCAGUAUUGGUGUCAAGUUGCCUUCAAGAGACUCAUGGGAUUUUCCCCUUGCAUCUUCUGGGGCCGUGGUCUCUUCUCUGCCAACUCCUGGGGUCUGCUACCAUUUGCCAAGCCCAUCGUUACUGUGGUGGGACGCCCCAUCCAUGUACCCCAGUGCCUCAAACCCACCGAAGACCAAGUCAAUCAUUAUCACCAACUCUACAUGAAGGCUCUGGAGCAACUGUUUGAAGACCACAAGGAGACCUACGGUGUCCCUGCUUCUACCCACCUCACCUUCCUCUAGACCUGAGACCCUGGACCCUGGGCCUGCAGACUUCUACCAUGUCAUGCUCCACUACUUCAUAAAUGCUAAUUCUGCACAUGAACACAUCCAGACAUGGCCAUCCCCAUCCCCAGGUGCUAUAGAGUGUCCCACCCCCUAGUCUGGGUCUCUGGUCUCUUCCCAGUGGGUCUUGGCUGGUUUGUUUUUGUUUUGUUUUUUGUUUUUGUUGUUUAUUUGUUUUUGCUUUUUUGAGACAGAGUUUC